CAGGCGGUCCGGGCGGUAUAUAAAGUAUCGUCGGAUUACUACCCGGGUACGGAAUCGUCUCUGUCCCAAGAGGAAUCGGAUGCGACUCUGUAUCUCGACCUAAAACCGCGGCUCGCCGUCGAUCGAGGUGGGCCAGGUGCAGGCGGGCGGCCGGCCGGCCGUACGUGCAAAUCAUGGAAGGGAAACAACAGUUUGCGCUGAACCUGCCUCCGGGCUACCACUUCACCCCGACGGAAGCCGAGCUCAUCGUCCACUACCUUCGCCGGAAGCUGGACGGCCUCCCGCCGCACCUGCCCAUCUUCAACGACGUGACGCCCAUCACCGACUACCGCCCGGAGCAGAUCACAGAUGAGUUCAGGGACUUCGGGGAGGGGGGCCGGUGGUACUUCUUCACCAAGCGGACCCGCAAGUACGCGACGGGCAGCCGGCCGGACCGGACCACGCCGGGCAAGGGCUUCUGGAAGGGCACGGGCCCCGUGAGGGAAAUCCCCAUCAACCCCGGCGGCAAGCUGGUCGGGCACGCGAGGACGCUGGUGUUCUACACCGGGCCGGACGAGCCCACCUACUGGACCAUGUACGAGUACGAGAACCACACCUCCGAGGCAGAGGCCAAUGACAAGAACAUCGACAAGCUUGGUGAGUGGGUCUUGUGCACGAUACAGAAGAAAAAGGCAGGCGGCAAGGCAGGUGGCAGGAAAAGGAAGGGCAAGGCGCAGAACCGCGCCGAUCAAGUCCAGAUUCAGAGCGCCGAGGUGCCGGAGACGGCGUGGCCGGAGAAUGUUGAUGAGGCCUACGUGUUCGACGACCUGGAGCAAACCGGUUGUCCCAGGAAGAGGCCACAGAUGCAGCAGCAUGAACCGCCGCGCUCAGAGACAAUGAUGGUAGACGACUAUGACUACAAUGGUAUCCAAGACAUCUGGGAUGAUGAGUACAUGCCGAUGCCGCCGCCGCCGCCGGAGUAUGAGGUGGCGCCUCCUGUUUCAGGUAUAGGAUACAGCUACAACAGCAUGAUGUAUCAGCCGGCCACCAGCUAUCUACAUGCUGCGCAUUACGCGCUGGAGCAGGAUGGGUACGCCGGCGGACAUCUCGGCAGCCUCUUGGGCACGGGCAACAUUCCAUGUACCUACCGGCCGCAGCAUUCCUGUGCCGCUGGAACCACCAACUUGCCAUGGAGCACGGGGACGACGACGAGCGGCCAGGUAGAGCCGUGAGACCCGCGGUCUCUGGUGCACUUCGGUGUGGUUCGGGGAGCCUAUAGAAUAGAUUUGCCGGAUAGUUAGGGGAUUUAUACGACUUGCAGAGAGCGCUCACUAGGAUUAGGGUAUGUAGUAAUAGUACGGUUUAGGAUGUCUGGUUUUUGCGUGUCACCUUUUGUUGUCGAGGUCUGUUUUGCUA